ACGUAAAAACGAUCAUAUAUUAUAACAUUCUCUUCCUGUUAAUUUUGUUUACUUCAUUUAAAAAAAGAAGAAGAAGAAGCAUAAACUAUAGAGCAAAAAAUGGCGGUGAAAGUGCACGCGCAGAUAAAAGCGGCAAGCCCACAAAGAGUCUUGCUUUGCUUUCUUGAAAAGGGUAUUGAAUUCGAGGUCAUUCAUGUCGAUCUCGAUACAUUCGAGCAAAAGAAACCCGAUUUCCUCCUCCGACAGCCGUUCGGACAAGUUCCAGCCAUAGAAGAUGGAGACUUGAAGCUCUUUGAAUCCCGUGCCAUCGCGAGAUACUACGCGACCAAGUACGCGGACCAGGGCACGGACCUGUUGGGAAAAACAUUGGAACAGCGAGCGGUCGUGGAUCAGUGGUCCGAAGUGGAGGCUCACUACUUCCACCCACUGGUUCUGCCCAUUGUCAUCAACAUCGUCGUCAAGCCCAAGUUCGGCGAGAAAUGCGACGACGUUUUGGUCGAAGAACUCAAGUCCAAGCUCGAGGAGGUUCUUGACAUCUACGAUGCCCGGCUCGGCUCGAACCGCUACUUCGCCGGCGAUGAAUUCUCAACGGCGGAUUUGACCCACAUGCCGGCCAUGAGGUACUUGAUGGGCGAGACCGGUUUGAGCCACAUGAUCAAGGCUCGGGUUAACGUUAACCGGUGGUGGGAAACGGUUACGGCUAGACCGGCUUGGAAGAAGCUCAUGGAGAUGGCCGCUUAUUAAUUAUUUCGAGAUUGAUUGUCUGUGAGCCAUGUGUCACUGAAUAAGAUUUCAUUAUUUUCCAAGUCAUCCGUAUUUAGUUGUUAUAUGUGGACAAUAAUUCACCAGAACGCAUUAUAUGGAAUCAAGCCAAACAUUUUAGAUA